CAAAAAUAUAGGUUAUUUUUUAUAUAGAAAUACAGUCCAUAUAAUGGUACUAAUGAUGAUUUUUGCUGAAAUGUGGUACACUGUGGCGGAUGCUACCAGUAUGGAUGUGAUUAUUGACAGUAUAAACACCUAUCUUAUCCAAACUAUCACAAUGUUCCGAUUCUGGAAUAUGGCAUACCAUAAAUCAGUUUACAAAAAACUAGCCAAAGCAACCAUCGAAUCACCUUAUUUCGAUAUUUCGACUAAAAGCAGAAGCGCGCUACUUAGAUAUUGGGUAAAGAAGAAUGAAUCAUAUUUGAAAUUGCUAUUACUCAUAGGUAACUUGACUUUGGCAUGCUGGUUCCUCUACCCUCUUCUCGACGAUCUUGAAUAUAAUUUGUUCAUAACCAUACACACCCCUUUCUUUUACAAGAGUCGCUUUCGAUACGUUUUAACAUAUAUUGUGUUCUGGAUAACUUUCUAUUAUAUUUCAAAUUUUAUUAUGGCGAAUGACAUAAUGAUGCAAGCUCAUCUUUUACACUUAGCUUGUCAACUCGAAGUACUCAGUGAUUGCAUUAAGAAUACUGUAAAGGAAUGUCAAGUCCAGUUUCAAGGUGAACCAAUAGAGAAAUUGAUCCAAAACAACCAAUUUGUAGACGUGUAUUUAAAGAGAUUGGGUGAUAUAGUUAAUCAGCAUCGUUUUAUUCUAAGAAACAUUGGGGAAUUAAGUGUCACUCUUAGCACCCCAAUGUUGGGGCAGCUGAUGUGCAGUGGUAUCCUUAUAGCAUUUAUUGGCUACCAAGCUACUACCACUUUUACUGAGAACUUAACUCUAGGCGUAAAGAGUUGUCUAUACCUCAGUUACAAUUUAGCUGAAUUUUAUGUAAUUUGUCGUUGGUGUGAAGAGAUCACAAAUCAGACUCAAGCAGUAGGAGAGGCAGCUUAUUUUUCUUCGUGGGAAUAUGGAUUGACUAAACACCCCAGUGUGAAGUCCAACUUGAUGUUGAUCAUAGCACGGGCUAAUAAGCCAGUCAUUUUCACCGCAGGCGGCAUGUACAAUCUAACGCUAGAAUCUUAUACUAAAUUGGUGAAGACUUCAUAUAGCGCGCUCACAGUUCUGCUUCGAUUCAGGAAAUCUUAAUUAUAUAAUAAAUAAAUAUUGUAACACCAAUUAACAUAUACCCAAAGUAAAGCCUGUAAGGCUUGUGCUAUGGGGAUACUAGAGUAACGGAUAGUAUACAUAUACUGAUACAUAUAUGUAUCCACAUAUAGUAUAUAGUAUAUGGUCAAAACCACAUAGUUUUGACCAUAUAGAUUUUUUUUUAAAUUACUUUUAUUUAUUCAAUUUUUUUACAGCCCGGAGGUUUUGGGCCAGCUGAAUUUGAAUUACAACUCAUGUCAAUCAAAACCGUAUAAUAUAGUGUUAAAAUUACUAAAUUAAAAAUCAAGCCUUUUUUUAAACGUCCUGUAAAAUUUAAUUCGAUGUAAUUAUACCGUUUUGUUCGCCAACUCCUCAUAGUAUUUUUUUAUUCUUUUAACUAAAAAUAUCACACAUAACCGUGUGGUUAGGUAGCAUUUAUCUUAAUCUCUAUUAAAACAAGUGCUAAUUGAGUAAGAGCCCAGGCACUCCAGACUUUACUCAGGUACGCCAAAUGUUAAAUUACGUACUUUAACUUUUAAACAAAAUGUAUAAUAUGUUACAUGUCAUUAGAUAUUAAAAAAAGGUUAUUUUAACAGCUGUGUGAGGGUGUCCUGUAUCGUAUAAAAUUUCACCGACAUGAAGCGAUAUUGAACCUUUUAGCAAUUUUAUUUAAUCUAAAAAGGAACUAGUUAUCAAGUAUGAUCACAAACUCUGCAUAAUUAUGUUGUUAUGUAAGUGAAAACAAUAAAAGUAUUAAUUUGUCUGUUUGUUUCUUUAUACAUUUCUGGGAACAGGUUUAAAAAUUCAAUAGGAUAAGAUAAAAACUCUUUAUUUCACAACACAGUAACAAAAAAAAAGUAGAAAAACACAGCAUUGUACAAAGGGCGGUCUUAUCGCUAAUGAGCGAUUUCUUCCAGACAACCCAAUGAGCUGGAAAUAAAAUAAGGUAAGAGAGUAAGGGAGGUUGUGCGGAAUACAAGGCAAAAGUUUUCUUGAUAGUUAGAUAAUAAGAAGACGAAAGGAAAAAAUAAAAAAAUAACAUCAUUUCUCGCAAUGUCCAGAGGGUAAAAUUAUUAAAUGCGUGAAUUGUCAAGUCCCUCAUCUUUCUAUUUUACGAGAGUGCCCAACCAGGAAACAGAAUUUAGAAGAAAAGAAAAAAUAUCAAACUAACUUUCCACAGUUACCAAAUACCAAAGUAGUCAGGUUAUGGAUAGCGUAGACACUGAAGACGAAGCUGCAGAGCUUGUCAAUGACAUCCGAGAUAUUCAUAAAAA